CGCCUUCUAGUUUCAAAACAGCAUUAUGCAAUCAUGGUUCCUCCUCAUCAUACUCCUAAGCCAUUCAGCAGGGCAGUACCUCGGUACCAACUCCACAUUACCCCUGGGUAUCUGUCAGAACGUAUUCUGCAAUACAAUCGAAGGACUUGCGAGGGUAAAGAAUUGUGUUGUUGUGGUUGGGAAUUUGAGAAUAGUCUUGCUUGAGUCUGCUACUAAGGAAUCUUAUAAGGGUAUUACUUUGCCCAAUUUGAGAGAGGUUACAGGGUUUGUAGUAAUCUACCGAUUGAAUGCCUUGGAAACUUUGGGGAAAAUAUUUCCAAACCUUGCAAGAAUCAGAGGACAGGAGUUGCUCUACAACUAUGCUCUGACAAUCCAUGAUAUGUCCGAUCUCAAAGAAAUAGGUCUUUUCAACCUUGUCAAAAUAGACCGAGGAGGAGUGACAGUGUGGGGCGGCCCUCGAACAUGCUACGUAAAAUCCAUUGACUGGAAGUACAUAGCAUCAAGUUCCGGACUCGCUCUGUCCUCACCGGAGGUAAAGGCACAUUGUGACAUUGUCGAGAGUUGCCAAUGUGGGAAUAAAACCAGUUAUUAUUGUUGGAAUAAUGAAAACUGUCAGCAUUUCUUUAAGAAGGAGGAUUGUCACACAGAAUGCCUAGGCUGUCUACAUGGUAAGCGUGACAACUGUUUAGUGUGUAGGAAUUUCACCUACCGUGGCAAAUGUGUCAGUCAUUGUCCUUCUAACACCAUCAUUCUUCCAUCGAACCAAUAUUGCCUCACUAUCAAAGAAUGUAAAUCCAUAUACGGAUGGUCUUGGAAUGGAACCUGUGUAAUGGACUGUCCUUUUGGGUAUACCAAAUAUUCUGAUGGUGAAGAUACCACUUGUGAAAUAACUACAAAUACCAGUUAUGUUACAAAGGAAUGUCGAGGUAUGACCAUACAUUCUUUAAACGACAUCCAGAUGGCUGAAAGAUGCACCUAUAUUAACGGGUCAUUGAAGAUUCAUAUAGGAUCAGUUCCUGGAACUAUGGAAGAAAUGUCAAAGUAUUUAAGCCACAUAGAAGAAGUUGCUGAUUAUGUAGAAAUUUAUGGUUCCAUGACAAUUACAUCUUUAGAAUUUCUUACUAAACUACAUCGGAUUGGAGGACAAAAACUAAUGAAAGGUGGUUACAGCUUAGUAGUUUACAAUAUGAUGAACCUUGAAAGCCUAUUUACACCAAAUGUGACGGAGAAUUUGUUAAUUGGCGGAGGAAAACUGAAAUUCUACAGAAAUCCAAAGUUGUGCAUGUGCAAAAUUAUUGAUAUUAGUGAAAAGUUUCCAGAUGCGUCAGCUGAAAGUGACGUUCCUUUAGGAAUGAAUGGAUACAAUGGUGGGUGCUUGGAAAAUGAACUAGGAUUUACUGUAAAAGCAGUCAAUGAAUCUGCUGCUUCCCUUCAUUUUACGAAACUUCCUAGAAACAACGUAACUUAUACAAUAUUCUAUACACGAGUGUCUAAUAAAAAACAAACUUUAGUUCCUGAAUGCUGCAAUGAUGCAAAAUGGUCUGCGGUCCGAACUAAUGUUAAUUUGAAACGUAUUCGUGAAAAGGUGAUAAUUAGAGAUUUACAUCCAGCUACAACAUAUGUUGCAUGUAUAGAAGUUCAUGUACAAUCUGACAAUGUAUUUCAGGCGUUACUUGCCCGAAGUGAUUUAAAAAAUUUUACGACUUCUUUUACGAUACCUGAGCCUCCAUUCGUAUUAGAACUAGUAGCUUUAUCUUCUAACACAAUAUUUAUAAAAUGGGCGGAUCACAAAGACUAUCGUCGCUAUAUUACCUAUCAUGAACUGGAUAUUAAAUUAGUAGAAAUCCCUGUAAAAGAUUUAAAAGCACAGAACCAUUGUGAUAACAGUAUAGUUGAACAUUUCUAUUCAGAAGACAAAGACAGUUCACCUCAUUUUGUUGUAAAGAAACCUCCACCAAAUUACAUUGAUUGUGGACCGAACUGUAAGUCAAUUAUUUCUGAAUCUGAAGAUUUUAUGGAUACAUGUACUACAUUAAAUGGCGAUUGUAAUCAGUUUGAAGAAGCUUUGUUGAAUAACUCCAGUUUUAGGAAUUAUGUUAGAACAUCAACUUUUAAAAUAAGUGGUUCAGUAACUGAGCUGAAAGUUGAAAGAUUAGCACCAUUUAGAGAUUAUAUAUUUAGAUUACGUUCUUGUGCUAGUAGUUGUAGCAGGUUUACCAGACACAUUGUUAGAACUCUUCGUUCUAAAAAAGCUGAUAUACCUUCUCUCACUCACUAUGAAGCAAAUGAAACAGGUUACAUAUUUAUCAAAUGGGAUCCUCCUGAUGUGACAAAUGGUCCAAUAUUGAAAUAUUCUGUUCAAAUUUUACCAUUAGUCCAAACUGAAGAAGAGAGUCGUGGUUGUUUGCCUCAAUUAUUAUGUGCUCAUUUUGAUACAUUGAAUAUGACUGUAAAAUAUUUAGGUGCUAAGGAAUUUAAUAUAAGUGUAUGUUCUACUACAUUAGGGUCACCAUUAGCUUGUACUGAAUGGAAGACAGCUGCAAUACCACCGAUUCGUAUAGUUGAAGUAUUGUCUAGUAUAAUUUUUAGUAUUUCAUUGCUGGCUUUUUCUAUUUUCAUUGGAUAUAUUUACCGUAUCAGAAGGACGUCCAAUGAUUUAUUAGUUCCAUUAGUAGAUAUGAGCUCCACUUAUAGAACUGAAAGUCAGCCACCGUUAACAGAUUUCAUGCCAUUUUAUGCUGUGCCAUUGACUGAAAGUUUGUUAGAUAACGACUGAUAGUUUGUCUAUUUACUAUACAUAUAAUAUUAUAACGUGAUAUUAUUACUGAAAUAUUUUAUAAUAGAAGCAACAAGUA